AUGCGUGAGGUUAUCAGCAUCAACGUCGGCCAGGCUGGCUGUCAAAUCGCCAAUUCUUGCUGGGAGCUCUACUGCCUCGAGCACGGUAUCCAGCCCGAUGGCUAUCUCACCGAGGAGCGCAAGGCUCAGGACCCGGAUCAGGGCUUCAGCACUUUCUUCUCCGAGACUGGUCAGGGCAAGUACGUCCCUCGCGCCAUCUACUGCGAUCUCGAGCCCAAUGUCGUCGAUGAAGUCCGCACCGGUGCUUACCGCAAUCUUUUCCACCCCGAAAUGAUGAUUACUGGCAAGGAGGAUGCUUCCAACAACUACGCCCGUGGCCACUACACCGUUGGCAAGGAGCUCAUUGAGGGUGUCCUCGACAAGAUCCGCCGCGUCGCCGAUAACUGUGUUGGUCUUCAGGGAUUCCUUGUUUUCCACUCCUUUGGCGGUGGUACCGGUUCUGGUUUCGGUGCUCUUUUGAUGGAGCGUCUGUCUGUCGACUACGGCAAGAAGAGCAAGCUCGAGUUCUGCGUUUACCCAGCUCCCCAGACUGCCACCUCGGUUGUUGAGCCAUACAAUUCGAUUCUCACCACCCACACCACCCUUGAGCACUCUGAUUGCUCUUUCAUGGUCGACAACGAGGCCAUUUACGAUAUUUGCCGCCGCAACCUGGGCCUAGAGCGCCCCAACUACGAGAACCUGAACCGGCUGAUUGCCCAGGUCGUUUCUUCAAUCACCGCCUCUCUUCGUUUUGAUGGUUCCCUCAACGUCGAUUUGAACGAGUUCCAGACCAACUUGGUGCCUUACCCCAGAAUUCACUUCCCUCUGGUCGCCUAUGCCCCCGUCAUCUCGGCUGCCAAGGCUGCUCAUGAGGCCAACUCCGUGCAGGAGAUCACCAUGUCCUGCUUUGAGCCCAACAACCAGAUGGUCAAGUGUGAUCCCCGCCACGGCAAGUAUAUGGCUACCUGUCUGCUUUACCGCGGAGACGUUGUCCCCAACGACACCCACGCCGCUGUUGCCUCUCUUAAGACCAAGCGCACAAUUCAGUUCGUAGACUGGUGCCCUACUGGUUUCAAACUUGGUAUCUGCUACCAGGCUCCUGAGAACGUUCCUAACGGUGACUUGGCCAAGGUCAACCGCGCCGUCUGCAUGCUGUCCAAUACCACUGCCAUUGCUGAAGCCUGGAGCUCUUUGUCCAUGAAAUUUGAUUUGAUGCACUCCAAGCGUGCUUUCGUGCACUGGUACGUUGGUGAGGGUAUGGAAGAAGGUGAAUUCUCCGAGGCCCGUGAGGAUUUGGCUGCUCUGGAGCGUGAUUACGAGGAGGUUGCUGCCGACUCAAUGGGUGAGGAGGAGCUUGAGGCCGAGUACUAG